AUGGGCACUCAAGGGGUUUUAUCGCCCUUACUAGGGCGGUUUGACGAUGGACUGACCCUUGUCUCCCUUUUGGAAGGCAUGCGGACAAAACUCGGGCUGACCAAGACGAGGAGGGAAAGCAAUUUUGCCGCCGACUCUGUGCGGCCGACCGAGGGCAAUAUAAAAAGCCGAUCCGAUCUGAAGAUGGAAUGUGGUCACGCCAAUUGCGAGAAGACGUCGGAUGAAGAAGUCCGAAUUCCAGAAUCAGCUUACAACAUACAUUACCGCCGGCUCCAAGAAUCGCCAGUUUUGGUUACAUACCCGAUCACCCGGAACAUGCAGAGAGUUGGACACAGCCGUCGAAGGUCGAGACCGACGUGUUAUGGCCCCUAACCAAGAGCGGUGCGUGAUGCAUGUAUUGCAUCGGGAGUCAGUCCGG